AUGAAAGACGAUGUUCAUGAGUGGUUAAUGGUAAGAAGUGAUUUGCUGAAAGAGUUGGAAACACAUUUACACGUUUAUGAACAAGUGGUAGGGGUGACGCAGAGGGCUAGGGAAUUACUUCACAUCUUGUCAUGGUAUGAAAGUCCGGCGCCCCAGGAACAUUGGAUGACAAUGCCAGACAUGGGUCACAUCAUAGCAUCUGCUUAUAAUUGUGUCGUUGUCCAUUUAUCAAAUGUUCAAUGUCUUACAUUCCUCCCCCUCCAAUCGAAGCCUUUACCCUCCAUGAAACGAAAGGUAUUCCUUAAAAAAGGUUCCCCUAUGCCGCCAAUAGCUUGCAAUUGGAAAAAAUAUCGUCUUUCUAUCGCUAAAAAUUGGGAUGCAGCACAUGUUGCAGCCAUUCAGAAGUUCAAUGAAAUCAUCGGCGUUGACGUAGCAACAAAGGAGGUCAUCCAUGUCAAUUAG